CCCAGCUCUUGACUUAUUAGUAGAGCGCGUUCUUCUCUAUAACCUACAAAACGUCUAGCCUCACUCUGCUCUCUCCCAUAACCUUUCAAUGCACCAACAAUAAUGACAUCGACAGCCUUUGAUACCACAGCAUUCGCCGAUCCCGAUUUUAAUGUAAAAAGCUGGAUCAAUAGUUCGCUGAAACCACGCAAUCGACAUAUCGAUGACGCUUCACCGAAUGACAAAGAUAGCCACAAACACCAACGACCAUCUGAACAAGAAGUUACUGUUCUCGUCACUCGACUCCAAAUCUCGAGCGAACAAGUCUCACGCAAAGUGGGACAAGUUACGGAUGGCGUCAUCAAGUCUCUACCACGGAUGCUUUACGACCUUAAACUCAUUACCGACGAUGCCCAGUCAGCCAAACGUGGUAUCGACCAAGUACGCAAUCACUUAUCUUCAGCACAACAGGACAAUGACGACACCAAUGACAAUAAAAGCAACACGGUAGAAACUGCCUUGAAAAAGCUACAACAGCUACACAUUGUCAAAACGCACAUGGAAAAAUGCAGCGCGGCACUGAGAGAGGCAGAGAACUGGAGCAAUUUAGAAGCAGAAGCAACACGCGUAUUGGAAAGCCAAGACUAUGAAGGUGCAGCAAGUCGAUUACAAAAUGCACAGCACAGUUUGGACGUGUUUCAGCAUACACCUGAGUUUGCGCAACGGCAAGAAUUGUUGCGUAAAUUACAAACACAGCUGGAAACUGCAGUCAGGCCCAAAAUCAUAGAUGCACUUGAACAGCACGACGCAGUCGAGUGUUACAAAUAUUUCAAGACUUAUGGCAAGAUUGGCAAGGCAGAGGACUUUGUCGAUCUUUAUUUCGAAGCACGCAACCCAAAGAUUGUCGAGUCGUGGCAGCAACAGCAGCAGCAACAGCAGCAGCAGUACCAGGUGGAUGCACAGUGGGUCGAGUCGCUCGACACGUUCUACAAGGGCGUGUUUGAAUCUUUGUCUGAAGAAUAUGUUUGGUGUGCCUCCAUUUUCCCUGAUCCAAAGCCUGUGGUUCAAGCCCAAAUACAGCAUAUUUUUCAAUCCCUUGAUCCGUCACUAGCAGAUCGACUUGCUUCCAUAGCCACGCACCAGGGCGCCGAUGCACUGCCUAUCUUGGUGUCGACCUUUGCAGUCACGGAAUCGUUUGGGCUGUCAUUGGAACGUCUGUUCACAAAGCCCCCCGUCAAUACAGCAUCUGCCGACAACACUACUUCACUAGAAUCACUCAAGUCACGUGCGCGUCGACGAUCCAACUCGAGCCAACUCACAUUGAUCCCGCUCACUCUUCGUCAUGCAGACGCGAAUACAUGGUCUUACGUUCUCUACGUUCCCUUUUUACCAUUCCAAUCCCAAUACGCACAACUCGAAAGCCGCUACCUCACCGAACAGCUAGUGUCGCUAUUCAAACGCACCCAUCAAAAGAACGCCCUUGAUCUUGUACAAUAUAUAUUAACGAAUACCAUUGACAGUAUAUUCAGCCUGGCCAUGGAUUCUUUGACACGUUGUUUGAAAAUGACACACGGAUUUGGCGCAGUGGAAUGGCUCCGAACAAUCAAUACAUAUAUUAGUCAAGUCAAGUCGCAGCUUCAAAAAGUUAUUCAAACAGUCAAGAACAAUGGAUCGACCACGGCACCCACAACAACUAAGAAAAGCAUGUCUGGGGGGAGGGAAAUAGGAGGAGAGCCGCGCACAUCUUCGGACCUGGAUGAUGCAGAUAUCGAUAAUGACAUCGAUGAAGAUAAUGAGCAGUCCGGCGAUUGGCGAGCCUUCCAGCUUGAACUACAGUUGCUGCGCAUAUGUCAAAGCUUGGAUACGCAUUUUACAACGUUCAAGGAUACCAUCACACGAGAACUGGAAGCUGUACGCUAUGUCAUUCAGGAAAGGGAUCAGGACGAUAAUGCUUUGCUGAGUCCAGUUACACCGAGUGUGCUGACGUUUACAGAAAAGUCAUCUGAAGCACGCGGGCACAGACGACGAUCCAGUUUGGUGGGUGGUGGUGGUGUAGAAGUGGGCUCAAGACACGAGCGAAAACGAAGCAUGGGCAACAAUGCAUUGCUUGAUACUCAGCAUCAACAACUGCAACAACAACAGCAGCAGCAACAGCAACAGCAACAGUCCAGCUAUCCACGGUCUUCCAUGGCACUAUUACGAACAUCGCGCUUGAAUAGCCACGAAUUGCAACGAGUGGUGUCAGAGAUAUCAACCAUUAGCGAAGAUUCUCAAGAUAGUGUGAUCAAUGUCAUGCUUAAAGAAUCUAAUCGCCAUAUUGACGAACUGACGACGGAGUGUCAAGCACUGGUUCAUCAAGCUGCUUUGCAACCAAUUGUACGGAACUUGCAGGAUAUCGCACCCAUGAAGUCUGUAUGGCAAGCACCAGAUCCACAACCACGCAAGACAACGAUCGAGGAUGCUACGAUUGACGUUGACAUGCCGCAAUUCAGUUUAUCUCCGAGCGAGUACAUUACGCGUGUUGGAGAGCAACUGUUGAUGUUGCCACAAGAGUUUGAGGUGUAUACCGACGACGCAGCGCUCGCAUACCACGUUGAAACUAUUCCAUUUAUCCAGCAAGGCGAUAUUCAGACACAACCCUCUAUUGAGCAUGAUGAAGAAGAAGAAGAAGAAGAAGCAGAAGAAGGGGAGGAACAAGAAGAAACGGAUGUGAUUGAACUGUGGUCGACAUGCGUCGCUCGAGGAGCCAUGAAGCACUUUUUGGAUGAAAUUGUCAAGAUACGGAACUUGACAUCCCAGGGUCGACGGCAACUCCGUACAGACAUUGAGUACUUGAUCAAUGUCUUGUCAGCAUUAGAUGUGCAGCCUUUACCAGAACUGCAAGAGUUCUACGAUGGUCUUGUCUAAUACGCACAAUAUUACUGUAAUAAAUACAUCGUAUACCACUUUCUUAUCAACAUCAUCAUCUUAUGAAAAGCUGUAAUUCAUCCCUGUUCA